UUUGAACGGUUCUGAUUCUCAGCUGGAAGGUUUUUCUUUUAGGUGUUUGGUUAACAGAAAAUAUACAAUGAAGAAGAAUUUGAAAUUAAGGGAUUCCCAAAUGGAUCUGAAAUGUUUUAUCUGUAAUGAAUGUGGCAAGAGCUUUCUGAGGGAAAAUCUUCUUAAAAUACAUGUGAGAAUCCAUACAGGGGAGAAACCAUUUAGUUGUGAACUUUGUGGGCAAAGAUUUAUACAAAAAUCCAACUUGAACAGGCACAUGAGAUUCCACACAGGAGAGAAACCAUUUUGGUGUCAUCUCUGUGGACAGACCUUUAGUUGGAAGUCCAGUUUAGACUGUCACAUGAGAAUCCACACAGGAGAGAAACCAUUCAGUUGUGAUUUCUGUGGACAAACAUUUGGUGAGAAAUCGGUUCUAAACACUCACAUGAGGAUUCACACUGGAGACAAACCUUUUAGCUGUGAUGUUUGUGAACAAAGAUUUAACCAAAGCUCACAUCUAAAAAGGCACAUGAGAAUCCACACUGGAGAGAAACCAUAUUGCUGUGAGGUCUGUGGGCAACGAUUUGGUGAUAAAUCAGUGCUAAAUAUUCACAUGGGAAACCAUACAGGAGACAAACCAUUUGGUUGUCAUGUUUGUGGACAGCGAUUUAGUCGUAAGUGUAUUUUAGACAGUCACAUGAGAAUCCACACAGGAGACAAACCUUUUAACUGUGAUCUUUGUGGGAAAAGAUUUAGCCACAAGUCAGCUGUGAACAUCCACAGGAGAAUCCAUACAGGUGAAAACACAUUUUGUUGUCAAACAUGUGGAAAAAAAUUUAGUCGCAAGUCAGGUUUAGAGAGUCACAUGAGAAUCCACACUGGAGAACAACCUUUCAGAUGUGAUGUUUGUGGACAAAAAUGCAACGAAAGAGCACAUUUAAAAAAGCACAUGGGAAUCCACACAGGAGAAAAACCAUUUGGUUGUGAUGUCUGUGGAAAAAACUUUAGAGAUAAAUGGCAUUUCAAGAGUCACAUGAGGGUCCACACAGGAGAGAAACCAUUUAGUUGUGAUAUUUGUGGAAAGGGAUUUAAUGAUAAAUCAGAUUCCAAUAAUCACAUGAAAAUCCACACAGGAGAAAAACCAUUUGCUUGUGAGCUUUGUGGACAAAGAUUUAGACGAAAACCCUGUUUGAACAUUCACAUGAGAAUCCACACUGGAGAAAAACCUUUUGGUUGUGAUUUUUGUGGGAAAACAUUUAGUCAAAAAUCCUAUUUAAAAAUUCACAUGAGAAUUCACACAGGAGACAAACCAUUCAGUUGUGACGUUUGUGGGAAAAAAUUUAACAGCAAGUCAAAUUUAAAAAGUCACAUGAAGAUUCACACAGGAGCAGAAACUGUUCACAUGUGAAUAUUAAGACAUCUUGAUGUGAACUACUUGAAAGACUGCAAAGGUGUUUCUAAAAUCCAUUUUCCUAGUAAGAAUUGAAGUGUUUGUGUUAAGCUGAUGUUCAUUUACUGAGCCGACAUGAAGCCUGGUUUUGCAGCUGCAGGUUUGACGGCCUGUGAGCUCAAAGGGGUUUGCAGCUGCUGCACACACAUUGGGUUUAUUUUUUUAAAACAAUGUUUUUACAUUGACCAUCUUUAUGAAUAUUUCCAAGAUUUCAUGAAAAAAAAAAACAGAAAAUUGCAUUCUGGAUGUUGUGGUCCAUUCUAAAAGACUUGUUUUUGUGAUUCAUGUGUUUGCCAUAUAUUUGCAAGGUCAGGGGUCAGUUUAGGCACUUAAGGCACAAUUACAUCAUGAGACAAACUAACACUUUUUGUGGUUGUUGGUUUUGAUUUUUGUCAACAUUUAAAAAAAUAUUUUAAAAGAACUAUUGAUACUCAAUGCAGCACAAGAUGAGAGUGGAGUGUGUUGGUUCAUAGAUAUUUUUGGCCAAAGGAGAAUUAAUCUAAGGUCAAAUUGAACAUUUCAACAUAAUUGUUCCUUUAAACACCCAGAUUUCUAAAACAGGUGUGACGUGUCAGGUUUACUUUGGUGAGUUCAGUGAGAAAAUUAUGAACCCAAAAGUUACCUACAGACGAGUUUGAGUAACAAAUGUUUUUAUGACAAGAAAAGAACUCAUUUAAAUUUAGCUCGCCUCAGUUUUUAGCCAGAACUGAACUUCUGUCAAUCAAUCCUGUGAAUUCAUUACAAAAUGAAGUAAGAAAAUCACUAGAAGAUGUUUCUGCUAAUUCACUCAUGUUUUAUAAUUAUUUACUAAAGAAAUAUUUUGAAGAAAACCUGAAAAUAUCAGUGAUUUUCUGGUUUCUCAGGUUAAAAUGCAGCUGAAACUGAGAACAUUUGGACUCAUGAGGAAACCAAUCCAGCACCACCUGUGCCAUCAUGUUAACACAAUUAAGAUUUUAAAUCAACAGUAACCAAUUCCUGUUUCAGUGCCUGAAAAAUUUCUGUCCUUCCAGGACUGUCCUUUGUUUUCAUAAAGAAUAAAAUUAGAGCCUGAAAAGUUUUAGUUUGGACCUGAUCAGAGGUUCUGGUGCUGCAGAGCUCAGAUUGCUCAAACGGGUGAUAAAUGGGAUUUUGUGUGUAAUUUGUGAAGGUUUUAGAGUUGAUGCAGUUGAGAGAAACAUGAGAACUUGGCAUGUUUAACCACAAGAGGGCAGCAGAGUUCUGAGUGAUCAUCAGUAACAGAAGCAGCCGAAGUUUAAUUUAUACAGCAGAUUUUAUUAAAACCCCAAAAUUAUUAAACCUUUUCCUGAAGGUAAAUGAAAUGCACAGCUCUGUUGACGUGGUUUGAACUGAAUCCGUUCAUUUCUGUUUGAUUCUAAGACUUUAUCGACUUUCGCAGGAGAGAAGAACUUAGGUGUUGUGUGUCAGUUGGUCGCCGAGGCGCCCAGAGCCCAGGAUGUCCUGGUUUCAAACCAUUAUGAUUGGAACUGAAUGAAAAUAAAAGAAUAUAAACACUAA